AUGAAUUCCCUGGCGGAAGUGUUCGCCCGGUUGAAACCGUUGUUCGAAAAAGUGACUCGCGAUCCACAGUUGGCGGACAUUAGGCAGUUGAACGAGUAUCUGGUACGGAUCGAUGGGGACAGUUUGCAGAUCCUUCAGAAUGUGUUCCUUCAGCAGUUGGUCGUUCUGGUGGACAGCGUUCCCGGGGAGAACCGGAACGAACUGAAGACCUGUCUGAUGGAGUGCGUGUGCACGAUUCUGGACAAGACCAAGCUUCGACAGGCGGUGGCCAUGAAGACCACGUUGGUGAUUCUGCUGAAGCAGUUGUACGAUACGAAGGCCGGUCAGCUGGUGGCGAAUCUCUCGGAGGAGUUCAAAUUGGUCACGCUGCGAGGGUUGACGUUGGCGAGCAAGAACAUACAAUCCGAACUGGUCGAGGAAGUGUAUGUGAGGGACAAUUUGACCUUGCUAUCGCAGGUGCUGUUUGUUUGUGUGAGUGUCCUAUCCGGGGAACGGUUCCGGAAGUUGAAGUUCCAAGCGGUGGAAUGCAUUCUGGCAACGAUGCAGAUUCACGAUCAGUUCGAUUUCUCGGAUCGGGUGUUGCGAUGCCAGGUUGCGGAGUUGCUUUUCAUACUUCUGCCAAAGUUGCUGGUGGCGUUGAUUUCCGUUGUGAAUGGAGACGAGAAGCAAGGCAAGGCCCUCACCCGGAUAGGUAUCAAAGCUUUGGGUCGAGUUUUAGCAUUGAUAUUCGAAGACUACGACAGUGGUCAUGUGGAAGAGGAAAUCGGAACGGAGGAGUUCGUAAAACUUUCCAAGGAAUUGAGUAAUUUGGAUGGGAUAGGGAAGAAUGUGCUUGGAAUGGGUCUGAGGGAUCCAAAAGCCCGAGAGGAGUACUUCAGCAAUACCAAUCGAAGUCGGGAGUGGUUGCUGGAAGCGGAGAAGAAAGUUUGCCAAGUCUUAGGCACGAUAGUGCAUUUGAGAGGAGCUGAGGAAGAAUCGGUUCGGCAGGAAUUCGCCCGCAUGAAUGCCGAACUGCUGGAGAAGUGUGUUCCAAAUAUGCCAUCAUGCUCGGUGUUUUUCUUGGAAUCCCUGCUGGCACUAUGCCAGGACAAAUCGGACAAGAUCCGUGUAGCUUGCCAAACAGGACUGAAGAGCUCAUCCCAUUCAAGCAUCUGCUUCGGACACUCUCGGCUGGACGAACUCUUCUACGAGUGUCUCAAAUCCAUUCCACGGAGCAUCUACCGGGGGGAGGAAGCCGAUCAGAUAGCACGCUUCCGACUGUUGAAUGGCUACAUCCACUUUUUACCAGAUUCGCAACUGAAUGUCAUCAUAUCGAACCAGGAAAUACUCAACCACCUCGUCAUGAUCCUCGUAGCGGGUGCCGAGUUAGAGCAACCGGAAGAACUCAUCCGACGAGAGUACGUCUCUUAUCGAUUUGAAUACGUUCCGGCUCAAACCAAAACGGACAAAGAAAAACGCGAAUCCCGCUGGAUCGUAUUGCAGAACUUUCAGGGAUCGGACCGUAGUCGUUCCAGCUUCCUAGAAGUGCUUCAAAGCCUACAAACCCGACCGGACGCCCUUACAACCAUCUUGAACUACGUCCUGGAGGAUCUCUUCACCACCAAGCUAAACAUCAACGGCUACUUAUUCCUACUCUCGGAACUGAUCCCUACCGAAACCAAUCACCCAUCCCUGCAACCUCUCUUCCGGAACGCCUUCUCGGAAAUCCUUCAAAACUAUCACUGGCAGGUCGACCUGGAAGAAUCCACCCAAAUAUCCGACCUCAAGUUCAACAUCCUGCACAUCUGCCUAUCUCUCCGCCUGGUCAAUCGCUUCUGUCACCUGUUCCGUGACGAUUUCCGUUGGCAACUGUACGACGUCCUACGGCACAUCCUCCCCCUAUCGGGCAGCAACCUGAACUGCAUAAACGAAGCGGCGGAAAUCACGCUGGACGCCAUAGCCAGCAGCUUGGGACUGACCUCGAUCCAGGAACUGAUCUUCCAAAACUUGGACUACAUUUCCCAACACAUAACGCGCUGCUUGAAACGACCCGACAGCUUCGCCGACGGAGUUCACAUGUUGGAAUCGGUGCUGCGGUUCAUCCCGUACGAAUCAUCCGCCGUGCUCGAAUCGACCAUCAGCCCAAUAGUGAUGGCCAUUCUGGACGGGCAUGAUCAACGGAUGGGCACGGCACGCAUUCUAUGUUUGCGGGUGCUGCAGAUUUUCGUCCGAGCUAUCAGGUAUCGCUAUCGAAAGGAAGCGGAAGGCGGUCAAAACUCUGAAGAGGAAUCCGUCGAAACGAAAUUGAACGAAAAGAUUGCUCAGCUGAAGAAGGAACUGGAUAACAAACUGCCAGAUCCAGGAGCCACCCUGGAAGAGGUAGUUGAUGAAGCUCCCGACGAAGGCGAUCAUGAAUCGAUGGAACAAGAGCCAGAAUCGGAAGUACCGUACCAAAGCGAAGAGGACAAACUUCCGCCGCACAUUCGGAUAACGAUCAAGAUUCUGACGGUGAACUUCAAAUACCUAUCGUCGAGUGUGGUUGAGGAACGGGUGGUCGCGCUGAGGACGCUGGACGAGGGCAUCCACCUGCUGAGGGAACACGAGAACCAGCUGCUUCCGUUGGUGCAUCAGAUAUGGUUCAACUUUGCGGAACGAUUUGCCGAUCCCAGUCCGGUGGUGAUUAGCUGUGCGUUCGAUUUGCUGGUCAGCUUGGGCCAGCUGGCGAAGGAUUUCAUCCGGAAGAGGACGCUGGAUGACGUGCUCCCCCGGUUGAACGCGUUCAUGCGAGACAACAUCGGUGCCGAGUUCAGCGCCCUCCAGACGUACAAACUGCAGCGGAAGAUUCUGAUCCACGCGCCCGAUUUGGUCAUUGCGCUGAAGCUGAACGAACGCCAACUGGAUCAGGUCCUAAAUGUAGGUAAGCUCUAUCUGGUAAAAUCGUCUAGGCGCGAACUUCAGCAACUGGCCGGGGAGUUUUUCGACCGGUUAGCCCGGUACGAUCCGGGGGCCAUUUUCGUCAAACUGAACGGCACAAGGUGGGGAAAAUAAAUCGCUCUGUUCUCU